CUCCCCGCCGCAGCCGACCCGGGCUCGCUCACGCCCAUCAUCGACGGAUUCCCGCACCCACCCAGCCACACCCCCAGCGGUAAUACUCUCUUCGAGCGCCAGGAGCUCCCGAGAGGACUCCCGCCAAUCGACACGCGCCGCGGGUUCGUCCCGAUUCCACUCGCGUUCAGCGACGAGUACGUGCUGCACAUCAACGCAGACGAGUCGGGGUCGAUCGUACCCGUCGGUGAGGCACCGACUAACAGGACGGGGGCGUUGAUGGAGUACGAGGAUGGCGUGCGACGUGCUCAUUCCAUGAAGCUCAAGACGAGCGUUGGGAGAUGGAGGACGGAGAGCCUCCGGCGUGCUCUCGGCCGGUUCA